UGGGAAGCCCGUGCGUAGUUUUAGUCAGGCGAAGCUCGCAAGAACUAACGAGGACCGAGCAUCAACUCUACCCACGACAUCUCCGCCUCGAACACCUUCAACGCCCUCACAAUGUUCCGCACUGCUCUCCUCAGGUCCGCAAGGCAAGCCGUCCGUGCUGCCCCGCGGUGGUCGGCGCCAAUUGCUCGCCCAGCCGCGCGCAGCUCGCUGCUCCAGGCGAAGCAGAUCGCUCCCUCCGCGCGCUUCCAAGCAGUCCGAUGCUACUCCGCGUCGGCUGGUCUAUCAAAGGAUGAGGUUGAGGGUAGGAUAAUGGAUCUGUUGAAGAACUUUGACAAGGUCACGGACACCUCCAAGUUGAACGGCGAGGCGCACUUCCACAACGACCUUGGCCUCGACAGUCUCGAUACCGUUGAGGUGGUCAUGGCGAUUGAGGAGGAGUUUAGCAUUGAGAUCCCAGACAAGCAGGCGGAUGCCAUCCACAGCGUCAAGCAAGCAGUCGACUACAUCCUUGCCCAGCCCGAUGCCCACUAAACGGAAGUCUCUGAGCGGAUUGCUAGAUGUCGACGACAUGGCUGGGAAAUAGGUGGGCGGAGGCUACCUUGGCGUUGCUAUAUAUAUUCUCC